AUGGAUACAAUCAAAAAUUUAAACCUAAAUGAAGAAAUCCCUAAUCUGGAAGCCGUAACGUCUGAACAUAUUGAAGCUAUUACCAAAACCCUUGAGGAAAAAUACUUGACAUUCUGGAAACAUAAACUUGAAAAUUCAUCCAAAUUAACUUUCUAUUCAACAUUCAAAACGGACCACAACCUCGAAAAAUACUUAAUACUUAUAAAAGACCCAUACAAGAGAAAAUGUCUUUCACGUUUUAGAGUUAGCAGCCAUAACCUCCAAAUUGAGAUCGGGCGAUACCAAAAUACACCCCGAGAAGAACGCUUAUGUGAAAUCUGUAAUUCAGGAGAGGUGGAAAACGAAACCCAUUUCCUACUCUUUUGCAAAGCCUAUGAGCAUUCUCGUGAAGACCUCCGAAGUUCUUUAGAGAAUGUCUCAUCUAACGAGAUUAAACUGAACUCUCAAACUCUAUCAGCUGACUUAAUGAAGUCAACUGAUAGUGAAAUCAUAACUAAACUGUCAAAAUUUGUUUAUUCAUGUUUUGAACAAAGGCUUAAAUACCUUGAAAACAGGAGUCCUAGUUAGCAUAGGUUGUAAUAACCACCUUAUUUGUAAAUAUUAUACUUGUCUACAUUCUUUCUUCUUAUUCCUAUUCUUAUUAACGUUAAUGUUAUGUUAGUCUAUUAAGUAUUAUUGCACAGUCAUAUACUACUUUGUAAAUUGUAUAAUCCUAGUUUACCAUAGUUCUCUAUAUAUUGUUAUAACUUUUAUACGCUUUAGCAAUACUGUACACUUAUAGUCAUGCUAAUAAAGCUAUUAUUUACCUUACCAUAGGUCUGAACAGACCAAAAAGAUUAUUGAUCUUUGUCAAUCCAUAUGGUGGCAAGAAACAAGCACCCAAGAUAUUUAGGAAUAAAGUCAGACCUUUAUUUGAAUUGGCAAGGAUAGAAAUAGACAUUAUUGGUGAGUUUUGUAUCGAUACAAUAUCUUACACUAUGUUAGACAAUGCUGCCUUUUUAACUGUCCUUUUAAGCUAUGCUUACACGCUACGAUUUGUCGUGUGCAAUUUGUAUGCUGGCGCCAUAAUUCAUUGCCGUUUUAUUAAAAAGAAAUUUCAAAUGUAGCCAGCUUACGCGUGUUUACUCAAUGACAUAUACCAGAAAACGAAUCGUACACAAUUAAUUGCAGCAUGAAAAUACAAUGUGUUCAUUGACCGUGCACCGUGCACAAAACUGCAUAAAUGCGAACCAAAAGAUAGAACAAAAACUUUAGCAGAGUUUCCAAACCCUGGUUUGAUAGAUUAUGUUUUAAAUUGUAUUCCUUUUAAAUUGUAUUCCCUUGUAGAAACAACGAGAGCUAAUCAUGCAAAAGAUUACAUAAUGACUGAACCUAACUUAAAUCAAUAUGAUGGGUAAGUAUUAAACAAAUUUGCAUGAAAGCUAGUUAAUUUAUAAAUGUUUAUUACCCAUAGAGCACGAGAGUCGCCAAUUAGCUGUAAAAGUUAAAUAACUUGGACACUGAAAUAAAGUUUUUAUUAUUUAUUAUUAUUAUUGGAGCUCUCCCCUAGACAAGUAAAAUCAUCUGUAUUAGACAAAAUAAAAUAGUAAAGUGGGGUGCAAGGCAACUCAAUGGGUUAACUAAACAAAUAAUUAUUGAGCAGAUAUAGCCUGAUUAUACCCCCAUUGAACGCCAGUGCUUUCCCAUUGACAACUUGUAAAAUCAUCUGGCGUAAAAUCAUCUGGCGUAAAAUCAUCUGGCGUAAAAUCAUCUGGCGUAUGUGCAAUGCAGCUCAUGGGUUAACUUUACAGUGUUGAUUUCCUUUAGCUUUCCUGUUUUAUGAGUUUGAGAAAUAUGAUUGUACAAAAUGUUGCUAUACGUACAUUAUCUGAAUGUGCUUUUUUUUUUCAGAAUAAUAUCAGUUGGUGGUGAUGGAAUGUUUAGUGAAAUUUUGAAUGGAAUUUUAAUGCGCGAGGAACAAAAUGUUCAAGCAUCGUCUUCAACAGUAUUUAAUCCACAGAAACCCAACAUUAAACUUGGAAUAAUUCCUGCUGGUAUGUAUCUUAAAAUAUAUUUUAUUUUUGAAACGUUUAAUUCUCAAUGUAAAAAUUUCCAUCAUGUGAGCCUAACAGUUCAAAAUUUCAUGUGCCCUAGUUGGGCGUUAGUGAGUUAACACUUUAAAUUGUAUUUCACUGAUUAAUAAGUACUAUUUACAACAUGAGCGGCCGUGUUGUAUCGGACGGCUUAAAAAACGACUCAUCGUAUGAGUUCAUUGACGAAGUAAUUUUAAAAAUAAACGUUGUCUAAGCCGAGAAAAUCAAAGUUAAUUAAGUUUAAUGUAAAUCAACAUGAAUCUGUAUCACAUAUACAGAUACGACACGCCUAUGAUUUUUCAUUGUGUUUUCUUCAUGAAUUAUUAAUGAUUUUUUAACCAUGAUUACAAUAAAGUGUCGGUUGCUAAUUACUGUACUAUAUUUAAUGCCGAAUUGCUUAAUAUUGUGUGUAGGCUCUACAGAUUGUGUGUGCUACUGCACCACUGGUACCAUUGAUGCAGUUACCUCAGCCUUACAGAUAAUUACAGGUUUGUAGUGAAUCAUCAUUCUUACAGCAUGUACAAUUUUGUGUACAAAACACUUUACAAAUAAGCGUAUUAUUAAAGCAGACCAGCACAACUACCUAGUACUAUAUUUAAAACACAAGUAGGAGUGUUUUAUCAGAUAUAAAACGCCAGGCGCAGCCAAGCCUUUUAUGUCUGAUAAAACACGACAACAGGGGCGAAACUAGCCCCUUUUAAUUAGGGGGGUGUCUGGCAGAAUUGCCCUGCCAAAACCAGUGAUGCCCUGCCAAAAAGUACCAAAAAAAUUUUUCAGGAAAAAUUAUUUUGGCGACCUUCCCCCCCGUCGCCAAAACAAUUUCGGUCUGUGUACCUUUUAGGGGUCAAAAAAAUUUUCCGGACAACCUAUAUUUUUCGGAACAUAACACAAAUUUUCGAAAAAUCACACAAUUUGCGAAAAAAUUCACUUAAUUUUAGAUAAAAUUGACUGAAUUUGUCCCAUUUUUUUUUUUUCAAACCAAAAUUGCCCGACUGUUGAUCGAAUAUUGCCCCCGCCCGGUACGCCUAUGUGCUAUCAUUUAUUUAUAAGAGACCUUUGAUUGCCCUGCCAAUCGGGAUGAUUCGUAUUUUGGGGGGGUGUAACACCCCCCAUACUCCCCCUCAAGUUUCGCCCCUGCACGACAACGAGUGUUUUGAAUAGCUUAAAAUACGACUACAAAAGAAUACUAAUUAGGAUGAACCAUUUUAUAAUCAUACUAAUUAGGAUGAACAAUUAUAUAAUGCCUCAUGCUUUAUCGGAUAUACUGUAAAGUCACUCCACGUGACAUAUUAUGGCUGACAUGAUUGCCACAAGGUUUAUGAAUUAUUAAUGAGUAUUUUAAGUAUAAAUACAGUUAAUUUAGUUUAUUAUUUUUAAUUACUGAACCUCCAGGAAGAACACUUUAUGGCGCUUUUAUCUUCUCUUCUCGAGGAUCGAUCUUUCUCCACCUGGAUACCUUCAACAACUCUGUGGAGAAGAGAGGAGGCCUCUCCUGUAGAAAUUUAAUUUCAGUUUCACUUAGUUUAGGUUACCUGAUCCUGUAGUAACAAGUUUUAUAAAAUACUAGUAACAUGUAUAUAACAUGUUCUCUGAUUGUUCGAUCAGGCCAUCCAAACACGGAAAUUUAAAGUGAAAGUUUUUUAAAGUGAAAUUUUAACACAGAAAGUUGUUAUUUUAUAAAACAAUUACUUUACGGUUUACAAUUACUUUACGGUUUCCGUGUUUGGAUGGCCUGAUCCAAACACUUGCGAAUGUUGCUCGAGUUAAGGAAAGCGUGCAAAAUCAAUCGUCUUUAUCACUCUUUUCUUAACUCUCGUAACAUUCCCGCAUGUUUGGACCAGGCCAUCCAAACAUGGAAACCAUAAAGUAAUUGUAUAAUGAAGAAGGGAAAUGGCUCUCUAUCGUUUUAGGUGAAGAUCAGCCCUUAGAUAUUUCAUCCAUCAGAAGUGGAAAUGAAUUGUUACGGUAUUCUGUUUCAUUCGCCGGCUAUGGUUUCUUUGGGGAUGUUGUCAAGGAUAGUGAGAAGUUAAGAUGGGCUGGUGUGAAACGAUACGAUAUUUCAGGAGCUAAAAUAUUUCUGGCUAAUAGGUAUAGUUGUGCUACGUUUUAUUACCGUGCAGUGCCAUACAGUAUACCAUAAUUUACCGUACCAUACCAUGGUACAGCAGUACAAUACAAUACAUACUAUUUACAACAUGAGCGGCCGUGUUGUCCGAUACAACACAGACGCGAAUGUUGUAAAUGGCUUAAAAAACGACUCAUCUUAUGACUUCAUUGGCGAAGUAAUUUUAAAAAUAAACAUUGUAACAAGAGAAAAUCAAAGUAAAGUUUAUGUAAAUCAACAUGAAUCUGUAUCACAUAUACACAUAUGACACGCUUAUGAUUUUUCUUUGUGUUUUAUUCAUGAAUUAUUAAUGAGUUUUUUAAAAUACAAUAAAAUACAAUAUCAUAUACCAUCAAUUUACAUUUUACUUUAUAUCACCAUGCAGGUUCUAUGAAGGCGAGUUGUCAUAUUUAAUUAGCUCAGAUGCGCAAGGUCAUCCCCAGGACAAUAAUAAAUGUAGAGCUGGGUAAGUUUUAUAUUGUUAAUUAAAAUUAAUUAAGGGCAGAGUGCUGGUACUCAGACUUGGCGGCAAUGCACGCCUGAUUCACCCUGUAUUUUUUCUAUAUGCUAGAUUAGAUUACUCUGUCUAGUGCCAGAAGAUUUUGUUGUUAAGGGGAGAGUGCUGGUGUUCAAUGGGUUAAUAUCAUUAAAAUAUAAACAAUAAUUGUUAGUAAUACUAUUUUUUUUCAGAUGUAGUGUUUGUUUUCCACCGCCUUGCACAACAUAUGGUGAACUGUUACCAGGUAGGCAGGUAAUUGCUCAAACUCAAAUACUGGAUAUAGAGAUCCAGUAAGGUUUAUCUCUUAUUGACCAAGUGUUAAUUACUACAGCUGUCAAGCUACAACGUCAAGUAUGUCUGUUUAACCCAUUGAGUGGCAGCAGCCUUUAUUGACGUGCAAAAUCGUCUGGUGUUAAACAGAGUAAAAUAAUAAAGUAGGGCGCAUCAGGGUGUAUCACAAAGUGGCAAUGCAUCCUGAUGUGCCCUACUUUAGUACCUGUAUUUUAUUGCACAUCCUGAUGUGCCCUACUUUAGUACCUGCAAGACGAUUUUAUUCUUCAAGUGGAGAGUGCUGCCACUCAAUGGGUUAAAGGGUUAUCAACUUAUCAGGAUGCAUUGGCAGAGUUUGAUUAACCCAUUGACUGGCAGCAUUCUCAUAGAUGAGUAAAAUCAUCUGGCAUUAGACAGAGUAAAAUAAUAUAGUGUAGGCCAGAUCAGAACACAUUGCUACUUAAAGGGUUAAAGGGUAUUGGCAACAAAAAAUUUUAUUGAUUUUAUUGCUUCAUCUGAAAGAGCAUGAAAAAAUAAGCCGAUUGGCCGUUUACUGCUCUAUUCUAUCUCAUCUGGUUCCGAAGUUAUACCCAAAAAUGUGAAAAAUAUAAAUUGCUGAUUCAGCACAUUCUGUGACGUCAUAAGCUGGGUAAGUAUGUUUAUUGAAUAGUAAACUAAAGCAUAGCUGAGUUAUUAUUGGCUCAAAUCAAAUGAAAUUUUGCAUACAGAUAGUACAUGAUGAGAUGCAUGGGAAAAUACUUCUAAUUUCGUUGUCAAGGCAACACAGUCGUUCCCAGGCCUCUUACACUGAUUUUGAAUAACUAGUUGCAUUUAUCUAUGUGUAUGUCAUUUUCGAAUUAUUAUCAUGCAAGUAAACUUUUGGCAUGCAUAGGUAUCAUACACAUACUUCUGAUAUUAUUUUAUUCUUAUCAGUACCUUGAAUAAAGCUGUUUCAUAAAAUUGGCGCAAGGGGCCUGGAAACGACAUUGUUACCUUGGCAACAAAAUUAGAAGUGUUUUUCCAUGCGUCUCAUCAUGUACAAUCAGUAUGCAAAAUUUUAUUUGAUUUGGGCCCAUAAUAACUGAGCUAUGCUUCAGUGUAGUAUUCAAUAAACAUACUUACCCAGCUAAUGACGUCACACGUUGUGCUGAAUCAGCAAUUUAUACUUUCACAUUUUUGCGUAUAACUUCGGAACUAGAUGAGAUAGAAUAGAGCAUUAAACGGCCAAUCGGCUUAUUUUUUUAUGCUCUUUCAGAUGAAGCAAUAAGAUAGAUGAAGCAAUUUUUGUUGCCAAUACCCUUUAAUGCCAAUGUUCACAGGUCGAUUCUUACCAUGGUCGUUAAGCAAAUUUUGAAUGUUUUUGAAUUUUUGAAAAAUUUCCUGUGGUCCCCCCUUUGUUAAGCCUAGGGUACCCUGUGGUCCAAAGGGUUGCAUUUGACCAAAAAUUUUUAAAACAUGUUUUUAUCGAUCGAAAGUAAUUGCUUUGAUGACAGGAGAGGUUUUCAACAGUUUUCAGAAAGUUUGGACUAGUUUGAGGUUUUUUUUAAAUGUUUUUGAAUUUUUGAAAAAUUUCCUGUGCCCCCCCCCCUCCCUUGCUAAGCCCAGGGUGCUCUGUUGUCAACACACUCACAUUACAGCACCAUGUUAAUUAAAUAAUUUCACCUUAAUACAUCUAUGGCAAUCAUUAAAAUUUCUUAUUUCUAGCCGAGACUUGUGGCUGGCACAGUAUUACUGGACGUUUUAUCAGUGUCAUGGGAGCAACAAAUUGUUGUGCAAAUAAGAAGUCUCCCGAAGGAAUAUCACCGAGUGCCCACCUUGCUGAUGGUUGCAUUGACCUUGUUGUUGUACGUCAUACAUCACGUGCUAGAUAUCUACAUCACAUGAUACGCUUAGCAGGAAGAGCUGAUCACGUGAGUACAUCGCUUCAUUGUGCAUGCUUAUUCAGGGUGUUAGCCACAAAAAAACUUUUGUCUGUUAAACAUAAAUUGGGAUAGUUUUUUUUCACCGAUAAAAGUCCUUGUGUAGGAAUAAAGAGUGUUUUUUUUUUCAACGUGUUUCUCCUUAGAUGCAAACAACGGUAGCUUGGUUUUGUGUAUUUCACUUCCGGUAAAUGAACACGGAUGCACACCGAUUACACUUUGUUUUGUACAUUUCAUUUCAGUGAAUACACACCCAAUAUGAAUGAAACGCGAUACAUUUUGAGAAAGUAGUUAAUGGGAAAAAGUAAAUAAAACGUUCUUUGAUAUAAUAAUAUAAAAUCAAACGCAAUGCACUUUCUCAUAAAAAAAAUGAAAAUAUUCCAGUAGACCCAGUUGGGAAAGCCCCUUACCUACUUCAAUUGGGAAGAGUCCAUCGAACGGACAGUAUAUGGGCUAGCUAACACCCUGUUAUUUGGCCGAAGGGGUGAGGACAUUGGGACCAUUUCUCUCCACAUCCAAACAUUACUUUCGACUGAUAAAAAGUUGUUUUUUUAAAUGCAAAAGGGGGAUGACAGGUAUGUCCGUAGACUCACCAAAGGGGGGGGGUUGGCACAGGAAUUUUUUUAAAAAUUCAAAAAUUAACCAAAACCACCUGAAAACUUUCUGAAAAUUGUUGAAGACCAUUUUUCGCAUCAAAACAGUUAGUUUUGAUUGAUAAAGGGAGACCAAAGUGGGGACGACAGGAAAUUUUUCAAAAAUUCACCAAUUUCUCCAAACCACUCCAAACUUUCUGAAAACUUUCUGAAAAUUGUUGAAGACCAUUUCUCACAUCAAAACAGUUAGUUUUGACUGAUAAAGGGAGACCAAAGUGGGCACGACAGGAAAUUUUUCAAAAAUUCAUCAAGUACUCCAAACCACUCCAAACGUUCUGAAAACUUUCUGAAAAUUGUUGAAGACCAUUUCUCGCAUCAAAACAGUUAGUUUUGACUGAUAAAGGGAGACCAAAGUGGGGGCGACAGGAAAUUUUUCCAAAAUUCACCAAGUGCUCCAAACCACUCCAAACUUUCUGAAAACUUUCUGAAAAUUGUUGAAGACCAUUUCUCGCAUCAAAACAUUUAGUUUUGACUGAUAAAGGGAGACCAAAGUGGGGACCACAGGGAAUUUUUUAAAAUUCACCAAAUGCUCCAAACCACUCCAAACUUUCUGAAAACUGAUAAUCUUACAUUGUGAGAGGACGGCUGUACUAAAUUGAAUUUCUGUUGUUUUUUCUAGAUGGAUUUCGACUUUGUUGAAGUGCACAGAGUGAAAGAAUUCUCGUUCCGUCCAGUGUCUCGCGUUGACAGUGAGAAUGAUGAAUUGUGUACAGCGUCACACUCGAGUGUGACGGCAGAUCAUGAACGAAAUUUAAAUAUCACACAUAACAGAACAAAACCACAGGGACAACUCCAGCAUAGUGUGUGGAAUGUGGACGGGGAAAUAAUUGAUGAGCCUGCAGUCCAUGUUAGGUAUGUGUUGAAUUAUAAUCUUCAAUAGUGCCGGAUUAGCCAUAUGCCAGAAGUUGGCACAUGCCACGGGCACCGUGCUUUUGGGAGCCCCACGCUUCAGUGAAACGUGGCUAUGAACCAAGGUUAUGAUUAACUUGAACCAUUUAUCAUUAACUUUUUGAAUUAGGUUAAAUGGUAAUAGCAAUGACAUUCAAAACGCUGAAGAGAGUCAACGGCAUAACCAUCCAAGUUGAAUGGUUAUGCCGAAGACAUUCAAAGGCAUAACCAUCCAAGUUGAAUGGUUAUGCCGAAGACAUUCAACGGCAUAACCAUCCAAGUUGAAUGGUUAUGUCGAAGACAUUCAAAGGCAUAACCAUCCAAGUUGAAUGGUUAUGCCGAAGACAUUCAAAGGCAUAACCAUCCAAGUUGAAUGGUUAUGCCGAAGACAUUCAACAGCAUAACCAUCCAAGUUGAAUGGUUAUGCUGAAGACAUUCAACGGCAUAACCAUCCAAGUUGAAUGGUUAUGUCGAAGACAUUCAACAGCAUAACCAUCCAAGUUGAAUGGUUCUGCUGAAGACAUUCAAAGGCAUAACCAUCCAAGUUCAAUGGUUAUGUCGAAGACAUUCAAAGGCAUAACCAUCCAAGUCGCGAUGCGAUUUUGCUAUUUAAUGGAAGCCAAGCUUACACAUAGACCCAUAAGUUCUGGACCCAGACGUCAUUUCCAACGCGCAUUCUUUGCUUGGAAUGUAGUGUUUUGGUUUGUUGAUAUUGAAUUUCGCCCGUUUUUAUUUUGACUUUAGAGUUCAUCGGCAGUUGGUCACUUUAUUUGCUCAUGGAAUUGAGGAAUGUGAUAAAAUGAGGACCUGCUCGGUGUGUCGGACAAAAUAACCUGCUCAUGUCGUGUCCAUUCUUAUACCUUGUUCUACCUGAUCAUUUUUAACUACGUAUGUAUUGUAGGUAGGAAUAUAAUUAAAAUUAAGUUUUCUUAAACCUAGUAGUCAACCCCUAUGGUGCAAGAGAUCUCAAAGAGCUUGACUCGAGUCAACCUCGUUACCAGGCUCGUACGUCGUUAAAAUCAAAUCAGAUUAAACUCCACAAGAGGUAAGUGCGUGGGAACGGGGUUGCUCUCGAGUAUUUUGUCCAGUCGCGAAGCCAGCCCGACAAUUUGGUCAUGUUAUGCAAAUAUUUCCGUGUUUAUAGACCGUGAAAACAAUCAAUUUCUAAAGAAAUGAAUAAUGAUAAUGAUGUAAAAUUUGCAUAGCAUCACCAACUUUUCGGGCUGGCUUCGCCACGGAUUUUAUCCUAACCGCAAAACGAGAACUACAUGUAAUUCCAGUGCAAAUUAUUUCCCCUCAGUGAGUGUCUUGUACAAAGGUUUAUUAAUUAUUUAUCAUUCACAAUAUUUGAAGCUACAGCCAACGCAUUAGACUGUACUUUUAUUCGACGAAAAGCUAUGGGUCAUAUUUAGCCACUUUUUCAAUUUUUGAAAAAGAGGUAAAAAGAGCAAAAAAGUAAAGCUAUAGCCUUUACUUUUCGUCCAUUUUUAGCCACUUAUUCGAUUUUUGAGAAAGUGGCAAAAACAGCAAAAAAGUAAGGCUAUAGCCUUACUUUUCGUCCAUUUCUAGCCACUUAUGUCAUUUUUCAUAAGUGAGCAAAAACGAGCAAAAAAGUAAGGCUAUAGCCUUAACUUUUCAUCCAUUUUUAGCCACUUAUGUUAUUUUUCAUAAGUGGGCGAAAAACAGUAAAAAAGUAAGGCUAUAUAGGCUUAACUUUUCGUCCAUUUUUAGCCGAUUUUUCAAUUUUUGAAAAAGAGGCAAAAAAGAGCAAAAAAGAGCAAAAAAGUAAGGCUAUAGCCUUACUUUUCGUCCAUUUUUAGCCACUUGUGUCAUUUUUCAUAAGUGAGCAAAAACGAGCAAAAAAGUAAGGCUGUAGCCUUAAUAUACUUGCAAGUGAUGAACCAGGCGGGAAUCGUAAUCGUAUUAUAAAGAUUAAUGCCCAGCAUAACGUACGAAAGAGAGCCAUAUAGACAAAAAUAUAGAAAUAAAAUUUAUUUAGAAGUACUAACGUUUCGUCUUUAACCUAAGACAUCUUCAGAGUAAAUGAAUAUAGUAUGACAAUAAGUUACAAAUAUGAAUAAUUAUUUACAAUAUCAAAUUACAAGGUGAUGAGGUAAUAGGAAUGCAGAGGGGGGGGGGUUAAAGGAGAGAAGUCAGAGGAGUGAGAGAGGAAUGGAGCUACCUUGCUGAUUUAAAGUAGGUUUGAGCUUUGAGAUGAGAAGACUUUCACGGACGAGAAGUUCAUCUGGAGAGGAACAUGAUGAUAGGAUCUUAAAAUCAUCAAGAGAAGCAGUAUGACCUGAGUGGCUCAGAUGGGAAAAGACGCUCGUCAGCUGAGGACUGCUACUCGUCUUACCAGUUAAGGCGGAAAUACCCAGGUGUUCAGAGACUCGUGUAUGUAGAUGUAGCCUUAACUUUUCGUCCAUUUUUAGCCGCCUAUGUUAUCUUUCAUAAGUGGGCAAAAAACAGCAAAAAAAUAAGGCUAUAGCCUUAACUUUUCGUCCAUUUUUAGCCGCUUCUGUCAUUUUUCAUAAGUGGGCAAAAAACAACAAAAAAGUAAGGCUAUAAGCUUAACUUUUCGUCCAUUUUUAGCCGAUUUUUCAAUUUUUGAAAAAGAGGAAAAAAAGAGCAAAAAAGUAAGGCUAUAGCCUUAACCUUUCGUCCAUUUUUAGCCACUUAUGUCAUUUUUCAUAAGUGAGCAAAAACGAGCAAAAAAGUAAGGCUGUAGCCUUAACUUUUCGUCCAUUUUUAGCCGAUUUUUCAAUUUUUGAAAAAGAGGAAAAAAAGAGCAAAAAAGUAAGGCUAUAGCCUUAACCUUUCGUCCAUUUUUAGCCACUUAUGUCAUUUUUCAUAAGUGAGCAAAAACGAGCAAAAAAGUAAGGCUGUAGCCUUAACUUUUCGUCCAUUUUUAGCCGAUUUUUCAAUUUUUGAAAAAGAGGAAAAAAAGAGCAAAAAAGUAAGGCUAUAGCCUUAACCUUUCGUCCAUUUUUAGCCACUUAUGUCAUUUUUCAUAAGUGAGCAAAAACGAGCAAAAAAGUAAGGCUGUAGCCUUAACUUUUCGUCCAUUUUUAGCCGAUUUUUCAAUUUUUGAAAAAGAGGAAAAAAAGAGCAAAAAAGUAAGGCUAUAGCCUUAACCUUUCGUCCAUUUUUAGCCACUUAUGUCAUUUUUCAUAAGUGAGCAAAAACGAGCAAAAAAGUAAGGCUGUAGCCUUAACUUUUCGUCCAUUUUUAGCCGAUUUUUCAAUUUUUGAAAAAGAGGAAAAAAAGAGCAAAAAAGUAAGGCUAUAGCCUUAACCUUUCGUCCAUUUUUAGCCACUUAUGUCAUUUUUCAUAAGUGAGCAAAAACGAGCAAAAAAGUAAGGCUGUAGCCUUAACUUUUCGUCCAUUUUUAGCCGAUUUUUCAAUUUUUGAAAAAGAGGAAAAAAAGAGCAAAAAAGUAAGGCUAUAGCCUUAACCUUUCGUCCAUUUUUAGCCACUUAUGUCAUUUUUCUGGGGAGAAAACCUCGGACCCGCGAACAGGCUGCGUAGGAGACUAGUUCAAGAGUUACUGUAAGCUUGAUACGAAAAAUCUGUAAAUAAAAUUUUAUAGAUAAUUUUAAACGUUCAUGUACCGGGAAAAUUAUAAAUUCUGAAUAAUUUUUGUAUUGACCAAUCAGGCAGAUUCUUUUGUAAAUACCAACCAAUCAGGUGUCUGUAUUGAAGCAGAAAUAAUAGCAUUCCAGAGAAUAAAUUAUAUUCAAAUUUAGGACGGCUCUCAAAUUUCACUCGAAGUCUUCGCCUGUUAUUUGUACUUUAAAGGGGAAGAUACAACGCUUAAAUACAGCAAAGAAGCACAAAAUCGGAAGUUAAAGGCAAGGUUAAG